AUGUCGAGCGACGUCGGCGCGCCGUGGACUCCGCCCACGUCCGCGGAGCUCUUCGCGAGCGGUACCGUCGUCGUCAAGCGCGAGUUUCUCGUCGAGCCCAGACCACCGCCGCCGCUCGAUGCGGCGACCCACGCCGACGCCGGCGACGCCGCGCCGAUCUCGGGCGGCGGCACGUUCGGCGCGUUCAACAAACGCGCCAAGUUCGCCGAAAAGUCGCGCGCGGAUAAGCCGCGCGAGCGCGGGCUGUGCAAUCAGUUGACGCGCGAGGGAAAGUGCGCCUUUGGCGACGCGUGUAAAUAUUCGCACGACGUCGACGCGUUUUUGAAGACGAAACCUCCCGAUUUGCCGGGGACGUGCACGUUCGUGAAUAAAGAGGGCGGGUGCCCGUACGGGGUGCGUUGUCGAUAUUACGGAACGCACGCGACGGGGGAGGGUCGGGACGGCGCGACGGUUGCCGAGUCGACGACGACGCUCGAGCCGCCGAAGACGGUGGAGAAGGAGAUGAAUUUCGUGGACAAGGACGUGAUGGUGCGGUUACGCAAGAAGAAGUAUGAUUUUUCUAGGGCGGAUACGAUCGUGAAGGAAGUGUUGAGGGCGAUGGAGACGAAAAAGGAUGAGCAGACGAAAGCGGGCGAGGAGAGCGCGGCGAAACGCGCAAAAGUCGACGAAGAAAACCGUACGGAUACGGGUGCGUUUACGAAAGCGCGCGUCGAAGAGAAGAGAACAAUCGACUUCAAAGACAAGCUGUACCUAGCUCCUUUGACGACGGUCGGAAAUUUACCGUUUCGUCGCGUUUGCAAGACGCUUGGCGCCGACAUCACGUGCGGUGAGAUGGCGUUGUGUACGAGUUUACUGCAAGGACUCCCGAGUGAGUGGGCGCUUCUUCGUCGUCAUAAGAGCGAAGACAUUUUUGGGGUGCAGAUAUGUGGUGGUUACCCAGACUCAGUCACCAGGUGCUGCCAAUUACUCGAAGACACGAUAGACGUCGACUUUAUAGACAUCAACAUGGGGUGCCCGAUCGACUCCGUGUGCCAGAAAGGAUACGGGUCGAUGAUGCUCGAGAAACCCAAGAAGAUGGAAACAGUCAUUCGUGCUGCCAGCGCGGCGCUUGGCAAGUGUUCGCUAACGUUCAAAACGCGCAUGGCGUACACCGAUAAAAGUCGAGUCGCGCACACGUUUGCGCCGAAAGUCGCCGAAUGGGGCGCGGCGGCGAUGACGCUUCACGGACGCACGCGCGCGCAGCGAUACCGGAGCGUGGCGGAUUGGGAGUACACCAAAUUAACAAAAGAGUCGAGCUCGGUACCUUUGAUAGGUAACGGCGAUGUAUACAUGCAAAAGGAUUACUACACCCAUCUGGAGGAACACUCCGUGGACACGUGCAUGCUCGCUCGCGGCGCGCUCAUCAAGCCGUGGCUGUUCACCGAAAUCAAAGAGCGUCGCGACUGGGACAUUUCGUCGCGUGAGCGAUUCGAUAUUUUGAAAUCAUUCGCCUCUUUCGGGCUCGAACACUGGGGAAGCGACACGCGAGGCGUGGAGUCGACGCGCAAAUAUUUGCUCGAGUGGAUGUCGUUUACGUAUCGCUACACCCCCAUCGGGUUGUUGGAUCACAGUUACGGCGCUGCCGCGAUGACACAGCGCCCACCGGCGUUUGUUGGACGGGACGAUUUGGAGACACUCAUGGCGAGCGAGGCGAGUAGCGAUUGGGUGAAGAUCUCCACAAUGCUCCUCGGCCCGCCGCCUGAAGGAUUCGCAUUUCAGCCAAAGCACAAAUCGAACGCUUACGCGAGCGAGUCUGGCGCCGCGCUCGGCGAUAUGGACCAGGGAUGA